CAACAAUAUGGCGAUGUCCACACAGAGGGUUACAGCAAUGCUUUAUUCGCUAGUUGAUGUCUAUUUAUUUCAUUUAAAUGCGUCAUAAAUGUGCUAGUACAUUUAAGAAAUUGUAUCGUGCCCAUCAGUUGACUUUAAAACCUAAAGGACCUCUGUUGACGCUCUAAUAAUAACCAUGUCUGGGUCUAAUGCUUGGAGUCGCAGUCGAGAGAAAUUGAGACUUUUCCCUGAACUUUUUGCUCAGUGUGCUGCAGAGGCAACAACAUAUGGGAAGUGUGUGGCAGCCACCACAAAAGGCAGACAGGAGCUGAAGAAGGACAUGUGUGCAAAGGAAUUUGAAGCACUGAAGACCUGCUUUACAAAUGCAGCCAAGAAAAAAGCCAAAUGAAUGGAAACUGAAAAUUCAGUGGACCAACCUCAACUGUGAUAAGAGAAGACAUGAAGUUACAAGUGUUAAAGGACUUCUGGUAGAAUAACACUUCCUCUACAUGGCACUGUAAAUGACGUGUGUGAUAUGUCAAUCUAUGGACUUUUUUAUGAUGUUGAAAUGGAGAUUGCAUGUUGUUGCAAUUGAGCGAACCAUGAAAUACUGCUACAUUCUUUGGUAUGUAAUGUACAUCGGUGAAUAAAAUAUUGUUCAUAU